AUGGAUCACGUCGAUGUUGCCGGCACGCGGGACAUGGGGUCAACACCAUCCCUGACCGCCCUGCAAGUCAUCAUACCUUACGGUAGCAAUAGCAAUAACAAUAACAAUAAUAACAACAACAACAACAACAAUUUUUAUAGUGGCGGUGUUUGCUUUACGCGUUGCCCAUCACUCACGGCGAAUGUCACGCGAAGCCUCAGCGUUAGUUGUGGCGGCGAUGGCAGCAGCUUCUCAAACGUGUGGUCACUGGCGAAGCCGACGUUGGACCCUUCGCACAUCCGUUUUUGCCCAGAGGGUUGUUGGGUGCCGGACGCGCAGGUGAUGACAUGUAUGGCGCACGAGUGUAACGUUUCCUUCUCUCUCUUUAACAGAAAACAUCACUGCCGCCUCUGUGGGCGACUCUUUUGUGCGGCCUGCUGCUCGCACGUCAUCACAAUUCGUAGUACGCGCGGCGGUUUAUCUGCAUCUUGUGCGUUGUCUGGCGCGGAGGGACAGGAGACGGCUACGUCGCUGCCAGCCAUUUUGGGUGCUACCGACGACAAUUCUGCGGGAGGGGCAUCCAGCAAUCCAAAUCCCUCCAGCUUUUAUCCGUCACAAGCACAACUAGUACAGCAACAACAACAUUCUACAUCUCAUUUAGAACCCACCGCAACAACAACGACGCAUCGCAUUUGCUCCGCAUGCUACUACGAGAUUCAGCUGGUUGUGCCCCGUCGGGAUCAAAAUGGUGAGGUGCGGCGGAGGUGCCGGGGCGAACUAAAAAUGUUUCAGUGGUCACUUCUUGUUAAGGUGCUCUCGUACCUGAGCAUGCAUGAUCUCCUGGAGGCGUCGCUUGUGUCCUCUGAUCUUUACUUUAUAUCAAGAGACAACGUCAUUUGGUAUCAGUACAACAUGGCCCAGCGCCGACAGAAGGAGGUGCAGCUGCGAAUUCCACCGAGGCGUCAGAAUUCGUCACUUUCACUCCGCAGGCGAUUUCUUCAGCGACAGAAAGAGCCCCUUCGGGCAUUUGGAAUUGAAUUUGGCGACGUCUCUUCGUCCGACGCUUCCAAGCGUGUCAUUUCGCUUCAUGCACGGUACAACUUCACGCAGUUUUUAGACUUUGCACGUCGGCAAGAGAUGGCACGGUGCAGGGGGCUCUCCUCCUUUUCCGUUGCUGCUCGCACACUCUUUUCCAGCCCGCUAAAAAUUGCCAUUAUUGGCUCCAUGGGUGUUGGGAAGACGCUUUUAGUGAGGCACUUUGUAGUAUCGCACGAGAAUGGCGGUUCAAGUGGAGGGAGGAUCUCGCCAAAGUUGGGGUUUGUGCGCUAUGCGAAGAUGGUGCACCUCACAGGCAGUUUGGCCGCCGACGUUAUGCUUCACAUUUACGACAUAUCCGGUGAACUGCGCUUUGAGGAGCUGCGGCGGUUUCUUUGUUCGAAUUGUCAUGCGGUCGGUCUUUGUUACGAUCCACGACGCAAAUUCACACUUGUGGAAGCGGCCGAUGUUAUGAUGGGCGUAGAACCCGCCCUUGGACCGCAGCCUGUUGUUGUGUGUGGCAUCCUUUGCCCCGCAGAACCUGCGAGACAAGACUUGCAUGAGGCAGCAGGAACGCAGGAGUUGGAGGUGACGGAGGUGGACGCAAGCGGUAUCACCGUGCGUGGGCGUGGGUCCCUGCAGUGCGCGUGGGACAACAGUGAGUGUCUUUUUCAGCAACUUGUUCAGUCUCUUUUAGACCGCCUUGCCAUGGCAACCGCCACAUCGUCCGUUGUCAGCGCAGCGUCUACUGCACUUUUGGCGGGUGAUGAGAAGGAGGCCACAGUAAAUUGCAACAUCGCGCAGGAGUUGCUGCGAAUCACUCUGGAUCCCUCGCCUCUUGACGUGCUGAUGGACAGCAAUUAG